AUGGCCAUGCCCAACGACGUCUGGCGAGACAUUGAGCAGGAAAUACCAUCUCUCUCGGACCCUUUUCUUCAAAAGUACCUCCAAGGACGUGAGAGUCUCAUGCAGAAAGAGAAGUCGUCUCGCUCAGAUGCCUCGUUCAGAAACUCGCUGUCUCCAAUCGCUCGCCAGGCCUGCGACAUCGUCGACCGCAUUCGCAACCAUGAGCAGAGCACGGUGUGGACGGCAGAAGUCGAGGAGAACAUGGCCAGGGAAACUCGCCAGUGCGUCUUUCCCGGCAUGAUGUUCAUGAUGGCCAAGGAGCGCAUGGAAGCCACGAAGCUGUGGAAGAUUGUGCGGAAGAUGCCCAAGGGUUGCCUUCUCCAUGCUCACAUGGAUGCCAUGGUCGACUUUGACUUUCUGCUCGACGAGCUCAUGAAGCUGCCCGGCAUGCACAUGGCGAGCGACCGGCCCCUCGACACCGAUGAAGCCAGGGAAUCGGCCGCGUUCAGCUUCCGGUACCGGGAAAAGGAGAGGACGGAAGGCUCCAUCUGGGACGAGUCGUACGAGCGCCAGAGCUUCAUCCUGCUCACAAAGGUCGCCGACGAAUUCCCCGACGGAGGCCGGACCGGCUUCCUGCGCUGGCUCAAGAGUCGCUGCACGCUGUCGACGGUCGACAGUCACGAGCAGCACCACGGCAUCGACGCCAUUUGGGAAAAGUUUGCCAAGUGCUUCACCGUCGUCGCCACCAUCAUUCACUACGAACCCAUUUUCCGUUCCUUUCUACGUCGCCUCAUGACUCUCCUCAAGGAAGAUGGCGUGAACUGGGCCGAGCUGCGGUAUGACCCUCGCUCCCCUUUUGCGACGCUCCCUUCGUCACGACGAUUGCUAACCGGGCCGGACCGCACUAGCUUUACCUGGCCGCUCAACUAUUGCCGCGACCGGCAGGAAGAGGCGGAGCAGGACUACAGCCACAUGUUCAAGGUUCUCGCCGAAGAGGUUGCCGAGUUCAAGUCAUGCCCGCAGGGACAAGGUUUCUGGGGCCUCACAACCAUCUGGACGACGCUGCGGAGCUUCGAGACGAGACCGCUGGUGGAGAACAUGGACCACUGCAUCAGCACCAAGAUGGAAUUUCCUCAUCUCAUCGCCGGCUACGACGUCGUCGGACCCGAGGACCUCGGCAGGCCGCUUGUCGACCUGCUGCCGGAGCUGUUCUGGUUCCGUAAGCAGUGCACCGAGGAAGGCGUCAACAUUCCCUUCUUCUUCCACGCCGGCGAGACGCUCGGCGACGGCUCGAGCACGGACCGCAACCUGUUCGACGCCAUCCUCCUCGGCACGAGACGCAUCGGCCACGCCUUCAGCCUCUACAAGCACCCGCUGCUGAUCGACAUGGUGAAAGAGAAGCGCAUCCUCAUCGAGUCGUGCCCCAUCUCGAACGAGGUCCUCCGCCUGUGCGGUUCCAUCACGGCCCACCCGCUGCCUGCGCUGCUCGCGCGCGGCGUCGCCUGCUGCUUGUGCAACGACGAUCCCGCCAUGCUCGGCCAGGACACAGCCGGCAUGUCGCACGAUUUCUGGCAGGCCUUGCAGGGUUGGGAAAACCUCGGCCUCGCCGGCUUGGGAAGCAUGGCCGAGAACAGCGUCCGAUGGGCCGCCUUUGAAGACCAGACGGCGGACCAAUGGACCGAUGGGAUCAAGGCGGCGAGUUUGGGCACGGGUGUCAAGGCCAAUCGCAUGAAAGAGUGGCAGGUUGAUUGGGAAAAGUUCUGUCUCUGGAUCGUGGAUGAAUUCGGAGAAGAGUUUGGCGCCGACACCCUCGCCACGGAGACCCAAGUUUGCGGAUAG